AUGCCCGACUCAAUCGAUAACAAAGAACUUGGCCCUGUGCCAUCUCAGAAUGGCAAUGGCCCGGCCUACGAUGUCGUUUUUGGAGAGAUCACAGAAGAUGGUCCCAACUACCGCAAUGUGCAUAUUUACAGAGAGGUGGGAUUUCUAGGAACGGUCAUUCUCAUGAUGAAGACUCAGAUUGGCUUGGGCGUACUCGCGAUACCAGCAGCCUUUGAUACUCUGGGCAUGGUACCAGGCGUCAUCUGUCUGGUGGCUAUUGCCUGUAUUACGACCUGGUCAGACUACAUGAUUGGUGUCUUCAAGCUUAACCAUCGUGAAGUCUACGGUAUCGAUGAUGCAGGCGCCUUGCUGCUUGGGAAGCCCGGUCGAGUAAUUCUGUCACUAGCAUUCUGCCUCUAUUGGGUAUUUGUCAGUGGCUCCGGUAUUCUAGGAAUUUCUAUAGGGUUGAACGCAGUUUCAUCCCAUGGCGCAUGUACGGCUGCCUUCUCUGCUGUGGCUGCUAUCCUUGGAUUAAUUUGCUGUAGUGUGCGAACACUUGGCCGUAUUACUUGGCUUGCGUGGGUGGGACUUCCUUGUAUUCUGACAUCUGUUAUAAUCGUUACCGUCGCGGUCGGAAUUCAAGAUCGCCCUGCUUCUGCUCCCGCGCCCGAAGUCGGAUCAGACUGGGUAUCGGACUGGAAGGUUGUGGGAAACCCUAGUUUCACGCAGGGUAUGACGGCUGUUUGCAAUCUUAUCUUUGCCUUUUCAGGGACCCCUGGGUUUUUCGCCAUUGUAUCCGAGAUGCGCAAUCCUCGUCAAUACACAUCUGCCCUACUAUUUUGCCAGGCUGGUGUGACUAUCGUCUACGCCAUUAUCGGCGGAGUGGUUUACUAUUAUUGUGGCUCUUACGUUUCAUCGCCUGCUCUCGGGUCCGCAGGCGGAACUGUUAAGAAAAUUGCUUAUGGCUUUGCCCUUCCAGGCUUGAUUGUCACCACAACAAUUGUCUCUCAUAUCCCAGCAAAGUACAUUUUCGUUCACCUUCUUCGAGGCUCACGACAUUUGAACAGCAACACAGUAAAGCACUGGGCUUGCUGGUUGAGUUGUACCCUGAGCAUCAUUGUUAUCGCCUACAUAAUUGCCAGUACCAUCCCUGUCUUUGACUCCUUGGUUUCUCUUAUUGGAGCCUUGCUUGGAACGCUUAUGUGCUUCCAGCCAAUGGGCGGAAUGUGGCUAUAUGACAACUGGAGCAAAGGUAGAAAAAGCUCAAAGUUUUGGCUCCCUAUGGUCUGUUGGAGUAUUUUUGUUAUCAUUCUUGGAUCUUUCUUCACCAUCGCAGGUACCUAUGCUUGCGUGGUUGGGAUAAAGCAAUCAUACGAUGAGUCUGGUGGAUCCUCUGCUUUCUCUUGUGCUGACAACUCGAAUUCUUCUUGA